CUCAUUUCAUAGCAGUGGAACUGAGAGUUGCUAGGGUGUCAAACAUCAUGUGUGAAAGAUGAUCCAAGGGUGGCGGCUGAAGCAAGGCAGAAAAGGAGGAGGCGCAUCCCCUGCAGUGCUGUGGCCCCUGCGGCUAGAAUAGGCCAGCACUUGCUGAAUGUGUGUCAACACGCAUGCCCUGUCACACCUCACCGUAUGUGUCCAAAGGUCUCAUAUCCCUUGUGCAACUUCUCUCAGUAAGACGAUUAGAGGGACAGCAUUUGGAGGAAGGAGCAAAUCAACACUUCUGUCUUAAAUAUAACGAUGGCAUCUGUGUUCCUGCCAGCUCUGGGUGGUAUGGCUGUAUGUGGCGGCACUCAUGGAAAUGAGCUGUCCGGAGUGUAUCUGGUGCAGGAGAUGGAGCGACAGAGAAAGGAGAAGGGAGACGGUGUGUGGCCGAUUCCUGUAACAACUGUACUGUCAAACCCACGGGCUGUGAAAGAGUGCAGAAGAUAUAUUGAUACAGAUAUGAACCGCUGCUUCAGCAGAGACACACUGAGUACUCCUAUUACAGACAGCAGCCCAUAUGAAGUCCGACGUGCUCAGGAAUUAAACAAUCAGCUUGGUCCAAAGGAGUCCGCAGGUGCAAUAGAUAUGAUUUGUGACCUCCACAACACCACGUCUAAUAUGGGUCUCACUCUCAUCCAUUACACAACCAGUGACUGGGCGACCCUGCACAUCUGCAAAUACUUACAGACUAAGAUAACCAAAGUGCCUGUGAGAGUGAUGGUACUGGAUGUCCCAUAUAGUGAUGCAUAUUCCUUGGAGUCCGUCUCCAAGCAUGGCUUUUCAAUAGAGGUCGGGCCGCAGCCGCAUGGUGUUGUCAGAGCGGACAUCUUUAUUAUUAUGAAGGAGGCUGUCGACUUGACUAUAGACUGGAUUCAUAAGUUCAACUCAGGGACCAUAUUUGAAGGUGGAGAUGUGGAAGCCUUCAAGAUCAUCAAAAGUGUGGAUUAUCCCAGAGAUCCCAAGACUCGAAGUCUCAGCGCUGCUGUUCAUCCUCAGCUUCAGGAUAGAGACUUCUGUCUCCUCAAACGGGGAGAUCCUUUGUUUUUGUCAUUUUCUGGAGAAACUGUGAAAUAUGAGGAGGAAGAGCCACUUCAUCCUUUAUUUAUCAACGAAUGUGCCUACUAUGAAAAGGGAAUCGCUUUUCAUCUGGCGAAAAGGAUGACGCUGACAAUUCCAGCGGUGCAAGUGCAGAAAUACUGAAUGAGGAAAGAGGAAAGACAUUAAACCCAGCAUGACUAUAAGCAAUUGAAUGAUUUUGUGUGGUUUUUACCAAUCUACGAUCACUUCAAACUCAGGUAUAAGCAAUGUACUUAAAGGGAUAAUUUACCAAAAAAUGAAAAUGGUUUCUUUUACUCUCCCUCCUUUUUGAGUUCUUCUAUUAUUGCUUCCGCCCAUUGACUUCCAUAAUUGGAGGAAAAAUAUGGAAGUCAAUAGUCAACCAGCAUUCGUCAAAAUAUGUUCUCAAACAGGUUUUGAAUGACAGAAUUUUAUUUUUUUUUUGGGCUGAACCAUCUCUUUAAUUAGCUCCAUAACAAUGAUUGACGUUCAACAACGAUUGUUUUGAAUGAAAAGAUAUUUAUUGUGACCAGCAAAAUGUUUAUCUGACAAGAAUGCUUACAAAACUGUAUAAAAAAGGCAAAACCGUCUGAAGUACUUCGAACACCGGCUUGAAGUCAGUCACAGUGGGUUGUGAAGAGUGUGAGGUAUCAUCAUGACUGUAUUGCUCAUAUGCCUGACCGCUUGGAGAAAACAGAGCCGCUUAUGGGCUCAGAAUAAAAAAGAUGAAACAAA